AUGAAAUCAGGACUAAACACUUUGAAUAUGGAUAAUUCAUCUAUAGAUAGCAGUGAAGAUAAUUGUAGACAAAAACUUAAAAGAGGACAUUCAGGUGUAAAUCAAUUAGGUGGAAUGUUUGUAAAUGGUAGACCAUUACCAGAUAUAACACGUCAACGUAUUAUUGAAUUAGCCCAUUCUGGUGCACGUCCAUGUGAUAUAUCACGUAUAUUACAAGUAUCUAAUGGUUGUGUAUCAAAAAUAUUAUGUCGUUAUUAUGAAACUGGUUCAAUUAGACCAAAAGCAAUUGGUGGUAGUAAACCAAGAGUAGCAACAAAUUUAGUUGUAUUAAAAAUAGCAAAUUAUAAAAAAGAAUGUCCAUCUAUAUUUGCAUGGGAAAUACGUGAUCGUUUAUUACAAGAAGGUAUAUGUACAACAGAAAAUAUUCCAAGUGUAUCAUCCAUCAAUCGUGUAUUAAGAAAUGUAUGUAACGAUAAUCAACUACCUCUUUCAUUAGAAUCAAAUCUAUCACAAAAUCAACAUAGUAACAAUAAUAAUAAUAAUAAUAAUAAUAAUUCUCUUAUGAAUAUACAAACAAUACAAUCAAAUGAACACCUAUUACAUCAUACUCCUAUACAAAAUAAUCAAUUUAAUUCAUCAUUGAAUCGUAUGCCAAUAGUUGAUUUUCAAUCAUCACAUCUUAAUUGUUUUAUGAAUCAUUCUAGUUUAAAUAAACAAAAUUAUCCAUUACAAUUAACUGUAAAUCAGUUAUCACGAGGAUUAAAUAUGUCACCACGAUCACCACGAACUUCAUCGCCUCGAUUUAAUCAUCCACAAACAGCAGCAUUUGCUGCUGCAGCUGCUGUAGUAGCUGUUCAACAAAAUUAUCCACAAAAUUCAACGAUCUAUGAUUCAAUUACAUAUCAAAAUCGUUUAUUUGAAAUGAAUGGUAAUAAUACUGUCAUUACAACAACAACAACGACGACGAUGACGACUACUACUACUAUUACUAGUACUACCACUACUACUACUAUUACAGGUAGUAAUAGUAUUGAACGAAGUAAUAGUGAUGUAUCUCCAACAUUUCAAUCAUCAACGAAUAUGUACGAUACAUUUUCUAAUUUUCUACAUCAUACUAAUUGGCCAUCAUGGUAUAAUACAUCAUCAUUAUCAUUAUCAGAAUCUACUGGCAAUCCUAUGUCAUCUGUUUCUAUGGAUACAAAUAUGAAUACAAGAAAUUAUAGCAAUAAUGAUAAUAAUAGUAAUACUACUACUAGUAGUACUACUAAUAGUAGUAAUAAUUGUUUAGCAGAAACAAAUCCAAUCAGCGAACAAUUAAAUUAUUGUAAUUUACCAAAUUUUAAUAUAUCUAAUAGUAUAGAUUGUGUUCCAUUUCAUCCAUCUCAUAUAAAUUUCAAUAAACCUAAUAGUAAGAAUAAUAAUGAAGGGGAACAUAUCUCGAAUGGUUCUCAUCAUAGCUCCUCAUCAAUGAAUCUUCAUAAUAUGAAUAUAUGUGAAUUGAAUAAACCUGAUCAUUUAUUACAUCAUAUUAAGCAACACCAACACCAACAACAGCCACAACAACAACAACAACAAUCCCUUAUGAAGAAUAAUUAUGAUGGUGAUGAUGAGGGUGGUGGUGAUGAUGAUGAUGAUGACGAUGAUGAUGGUGACGAUGAUGGUGAUGGUGAUGGUGAUGGUGGGGAUAAUAAACAUAAUGAAUUUAAUUUACAUAUAAGAAAUUCAUCAAAAUUAUAUGAAAGUUUAAAUUCUGAAAUUGAAUUCACUUCCAAAUCAAAUGAACAAUGUCAAUUGUAUGAGAAAUCAUCUAUGGAAUUAAUGGAAUUCCUUCAAGAUAAUCAUAAUCAUAAUCAUAAUAAUCAUAAUCAUAAUUUAAAUCAUCUUCAAAUGGAAUUAAAAAAGAAAGAAUUAACAAGAUCAGAUCCAUUCAUUCAAUCAACCAUAGAUCAUCAACUAGAUCAAUCAAGAUUAAAUCUAGAAACAUUCAAAGCGAUUCAUUCAUCGAAUCAAACUAGUUUACAACAAAACAUUCAAUGUACUAAACAACAACUAAUCAAUUCACAUUACAAUUCAAUGGAUAUCACUACAACAACUACUGAUAAUACUCAUAAUAAUAGUAUUAGUAGUAGUAGUAGUGGUGGUAGUAAUAGUAGUAGUAGUAGUAUUAGUAAUAGUAAUACUACUAUUACUACCAUUACCACUAGUCCUAUUAAUAAUAUAAUGAAAAUAUGUUCAACACCUAUGGAAAUCUUAAUGAAAACUUAUGGUAAAGAUAAUUUUACAAAAUUAUCAUCGAAACAAAAUUUAUUACAUCAUUCUCAUUCACAACAACCACAGCAACAACAACCACAUCCACAACAAGAACAAGAACAACAACAACAACAUACUACUAAUCAUUAUUCAGAAAUGAAUCAUACACUACUUAAUUCUAUAUCAUCAUCAGUAUCAAUGAUGAAUUCAAUUGAUCAUCAUCAUCAUCAUCCUCCUUCACUUAAAUUAGAUGAAAAAUUAAAUGAAAAUAAAAAAAUUGGAAGAAAUAGAACAACAUUUACACCGGAACAAUUAGAAAUACUUGAAGAAGAAUUUGAACGUACACAUUAUCCUGAUUUAAUAAUAAGAGAACAAUUAGCAGAAUCAAUGUUAAUACCAGAAUCACGUAUACAAGUAUGGUUUUCAAAUCGUCGUGCAAAAUGGCGUCGUGAAGGCAAAGAAUUAAAUCACAGUAAACAAGAUAAAUCACCAAGAUCACCAAAUUUAGAUGAAAAUCAAACUAAUGAUCAAUAUUAUAAUUAUUCAAUAUUAAAUAAAGUACAAGAUUAUACUAGAAUAAAUGAUCAUCAUGAACCUAUUCAUCCUCAUCAUCAUCCUCAUCAUCAUUCUACUAUGAUAUAUCAUCAUGAUGAUUAUCAUCAUCAUCCUCAACAACAACAACAACAACAACAACAACAACAACAACAACAACAACAACAGAAUAAACGAAAAGAAGAACAAAUAAAUGGGAUUAGAAAAGAAUAUGGAAAUAUGAAUUGGACUUAUAUGUCUACACCAAUUGAUCAAGAGCAUCUAUCACCUAAGAAACUUUUCAAUUAUUCUGAACCAUUUGAUUCAUUCAAUGAUAAUAUACCAAGAGAUCAUUCAAAUCUAUUCAAUUCAAUUUCUAAUAAUCAAACCGAAACUUAUACAAUUUUGAAUGAUGUAACACAUUCAACUAAUCAUGAUCAUGUUAUACCAACAAAAAUCAAUAUAAAUGAUCCUAUUCUAUCGAUUAAUCAUUAUAAUAAUAAUAAUAAUAAUAAUGAUCUAGAUCAUAGACAAAUACAUAAUAUCAUAUCAAAUAAUAAAAUGAAUGGAAUAUCUAUGGUGAAUUCAGAUUUUACUAAAUUAAAUUGUCUCUCAUAUACUAAUCAAUUGUUAGAGACGAUUCAUUCAGAGAAUACUACUACUACUACUACUACUACUACGUCUACCACUACUACGUCUACUACUACUUCUACUACAACAACAACUACUACUAAUACUACUACAAGUAAUCAUAAUAGUGAUAUUACUAUUAGUGCUACUACAACUACUACUACUACUACUACUACUACUACUACUACUAAUAAUAAUAAUAAUAAUAAUAAUAAUAAUAAUAAUAAUAAUAAUAAUAAUAAUCAUGUAAAUAGUUUAAUGAGUAGUAUACAUACAUUAAAUAGAAAUGAUUCAUUUGAUAUAGAAUUGAUUGAUAAAACACAAUUGAAUCAUUCAGAUUAUCAACCAAUAUGGUUGAAUUCAACGGAUCAAAUACAUAAUUAUAAAACAGAUUCAAUAAAUCCUACAUUAUGGUAUGGUAUGACAUAUCCUCAACCAAGUACAUUAUCUACUGAUUCUGGUAUUGGUUCUCCACCACUCCCACCACCCCCAUCAUCAUCAUCAUCGUCGUUGUCUAUGCUGUCUAACAAUGGUAUCAUUGGUAAGUCACCUAUUUCUAUUGGAUAUGACAAUGGAUCAACUAAUCAUCAUCAUCAUCAUCAUUUAUUACCACAAAUACUUCCUGAUACAUCAUCUCAAUUAUCUUCUAUGGCUGUAGCAGCUGCAGCGGCUGUAGUAGCUUGGAACAAUAAUAAUAAUAAUAAUAAUAAUAAUAAUAAUAAUAAUAAUAAUAAUAGCAACAAUCAAAACUUUACACCUAAAUCGAUAAUAACAUCUAAUGAAUAUGAUGUCAUAUUGAAUUCUCAUGAAUCUACACCAAUAAAUUAUGGAUAUUUAGGUAGAAUUAAUUCAGAAUUUAAUUUCAUAUCGAAUACAUCUACAUCUUCAAUAUGUGCACUACCACCUUCAUGUUGUUCUACAACUACAAUAUCUUCUUGUUCUUCUUCUUCAUCGUCUUCGUCUUCAUCUUCUUCUCCAUUAGCUUCAACCUCUUCAUUAUCAUUAUCACACUCUUCUACUUCUUCAUGUUCAACACAUAAUAAUACUAUAAUUCAUUUUGAUUUAAGUAGUUUAGUUGGUCAAACACCGAAUAUAAACAUCAAUCAUACUAAUAAUACUACUGAUAAUAAUAACAAUAAUAAUAUAAGUAGUAUAAAUAACAGUUAUUAUGAUUUUUCACGUUAUUUUCAAUAA